AUGAUUGAUAUCUGGAGUACACCUGGGUUAAAAUAUUCACUGCUUGGUGUUUUAUGCCAUUUUAUCGACAAGCACUGGAGGUUACAACAGGUUCUUCUUGGUGCUAUUGAUAUGACAGAUGGUCAUACAGCCUCUAAGCAAGCAACGGCUUUAUCGACUCUGUUAGAAAAUAUUCGCCAGAGGACGAAGAAGACAAUUCGAUUUCAGACAGUCUCUGCAGACAACGCAAGUUCUUUUAAGCCAAAAGUCCUAGCACAAGAACUUGCAAAAGGGUCGACAUCCACAGUACAGCCGAUAUAUCAUAUUCGCUGUUUAGCCCAUAUUUUCAACCUUGUUGUUCGAGCGAUUUUUGAGGCUCUUCGAAUUUCGAUGGUAGAAGCCUCUACAGAGUUUGAGCCUUCUACUACUCGAGCUAAAGAUCAAGAGGACUCUGACGAUGAUUUUGAUACUGAAGAUUCUACUGCUGGGGAAAAUCCUUUUGGAGCUGUUAUUCAAAAGAUUCGUGACCUCGCAGUUUCCCUUAAGCUUUCUAGUAAGAAGACGCAAGAGUUUCUCGACCUCCAGAAAUCGACUCGCAUUGGCCAGCGACCACUACGCCUCCUCCGCGAUGUUAAGACAAGGUGGAACUCUACUACACUUAUGUGUCUCCGCGCAAGAGAGCUUAAAACAACGAUUUCAGCUUGGGUUGAAAAGCACUCUCUACAGGAACAAUUCUCUCUUGUGGAGACCGAUUGGGAGGCUCUUGAUAUUCUGCUUGAUAUCACCAGCCCGUUUUUACUCUUUACAAACAUCCUCAGCCGGUUAAAUGACCUUACCCCUGGUCAUACCUUUACUUUAUUACAAGUUGCAACAGUUUACUUGUACUUUUGCGCCUCUGCACUUAAAGAUAAAGUUACUAGCAAAGACUUUACUUGGAUAUCAAUCCUUCAGGCUGCUACGAAAAAGGGCCAAGAGAAGCUGGAAAAAUACGUUCAAAAGCUAAUUGAAGAGGAUUCCUUCAAGGUAUAUGGUAUUGCAACUCUCCUUACCCCUGAAGCUGGGACAUCAGUUUCGAGUACUUUUGACACGCGAUUCCAAUUCGCAAAUUACUUCGAAUACCUUCCUUCUUCAGCCUCACUUCGAACUCGAGUACAGCAAGAAUUUAUCGAGGUAUAUACAAAGCAGUACCAUCAAGAUUCGGAACGCCAUACCAAUACUCAAAAAGCUGCAACUGAAGGACUCCGAUACACUCUGCAUAGUUUACUAUCACGCAGUUCAAAGAAAAGGGUAUUUGUAGCAAUCUAUUGUAGCAACUCACUGUACUAA